AUGCAGGCUGACGACGAAGAUUCGGCCAGCAUAGGUGAGACACUGGAGGAUCAAAGCGCACCAAGACGAACACAGACUUUGCCCAACUCCGAAGAAGAGGUAGAUGAUGUGGAUGAGGUGCUCGACCCAGAGGAUUCGGACGAGGAAAGCUUGCAGGCAGCCCUGAGAGCUGCUGAUGAAGAAGCUGCCGAGGCCUUCCAGCCGGGCGUCUACGUGACGACCUGCCGAUGCCUGGUCUUGAGGACCUUUGAUGUCAUAGAGCCUCAGAUUGGUGACAUCAUCACGGAAUUUCAGGCUGGGAAGUUCUUCAAUGCAAUGAGCUUUCAGCUUGUCCCACAACAGCGCCGCCUGCGGGCCGCUUUGGCUCAACCGGCGGAUGGCUGGAUCGACGUCAUUGACUUUGGCACCAACCAAAGCUUCGUGGAACGGGCAGAGCCCUCUGCACAGGUGCAGUACCAUCCUCGAAAACAUGAUGGGACAGACGAUGAAAAAGAGCUUGCCCCUCUUUACACUCGCAAGGAAGAUGGUCCUGGGCUUUAUGUCUUGAAGAGGAUGGUCUUCGUGUCUCCCAGCUGUGGAAACGUGGAGCCCCAUGAUGCAGAGAUCGUUGAUGAGCUCGAUGAAGGAACGCUCGUGAGGGUGGAGGAAGUGGCCUAUCUCCGACAUGAGCGUCGAGUACGCGCUCGAAUCGCCUAUCCAGCAGGUUGGAUUACACUCUUCAGCCAGCAGACGAGAAGGCGCUUUGCCGCGAAAGUCGACGAACAAGAGGAAGAAAAUUCAUUGGAGAAUGAGAUGAAUCUAUGGGAAGAGGAGGAUGCAAGAACACCAAGUCGGAGAAGCAACGCUGCUGCUGCGAGUUUGCAUGAAGAGGAUGCAAGAACACCAAGUCGGAGAAGCAACGCUUCUGCUGCAAGUUUGCAUGAAGAGGAGGAUGCAAGAACACCAAGCCGGAGAAGCAACACUUCCGCCUCCAGUUUGCAUGAAGAGGAGGAUGCAAGAACACCAAGUGGAAGAAGCAAUGCUUCCGAGGAUGCAAGAACACCAAGUCGGAGAAGCAACACUUCCGAAAGCUUGCAGGCAGCCCUGAGAGCUGCUGAUGAAGAAGCUGCCGAGGCCUUCCAGCCGGGCGUCUACGUGACGACCUGCCGAUGCCUGGUCUUGAGGACCUUUGAUGUCAUAGAGCCUCAGAUUGGUGACAUCAUCACGGAAUUUCAGGCAGGGAAGGUCUUCAAUGCAGUGAGCUUUCAGCUUGUCCCAGAACAGCGGCGCCUGCGCGCCGCCUUAGCCCAACCGGCAGAUUGCUGGAUCGACGUCAUUGACUUUGGCACCGAUCAAAGCUUCGUGGAACGGGCUGAGCCCUCGACACAGGAGGAUGGUCCUGGGAUUUAUGUCUUGAAGAGGAUGGUUUUCGUGUCUCCUUCCUGCGAAAAUGUGGAACCAGAUGAUGCAGAGAUCGUUGAUGAGCUUGAUGAAGGAACGCUCGUGAGGGUGGAAGAAGUGGCCUAUCUCCGACAUGAGCGUCGAGUACGCGCUCGAAUCGCCUAUCCAGCAGGUUGGAUUACGCUCUUCAGCGAGCACACGAGAAGGCGCUGUGCUGCGAAAGUCAACGAACAAGAGGAAGAAACUACAUCCGAGAAUGAGAUGAAUCUAUGGGGAGAGGAUGAUGCAAGAACACGAAGUCGGAGAAGCAACGCUUCCACGGCCAGUUUGCAUGAAGAGGAUGAUGCAAGAACACCAAGUCGGAGAAGCCACACUUCCGUGGCCAGUUUGCAUGAAGAGGGCUACGGACAUGCUGGCUCGGACGGAUCUGGCAGCUGGCAUCAGUCUGGCUCCGGAUCUGGCUACGGUCAUUCUCGCUCCUAUCGAAGUCACGACUCUGGCUCCUUCCGAUCUGACUAUGGCCGUUCUCGCAGCUCCUCCAGAUCGGCCUGGAGAUCCAAGUCGGAAGGGCUCGGCCUUAAGGGUUGGCCACCCGCGCAAAGGCUGGCUUUUCAAUAUAAGUAACAAGAAGCUAGUAGUAACAAGUGCAUCGCUUCUAGUAACAAGUGCCUUACUAGUAGUAACAAGAAGCUGUAGUAACAAGUGC